UUUUCUCAUAUCAGUGUGAUAUUACAAGCUCUUUAGGAUAGAGAGGGAGUAGGAUUGAAGAAUUUAGACCAGCUUGUCCUUUGGUGUAAAAAUUUUGUUUGAUUGAAAAAUUUUUAUUACUCACAGAGUGCUCUUAGGUGGUUUCAAGUUUCAACACGGACAGAAGCUGAUUCUCCAUCGUGAAUUCGUGACCACCUCACUCUCUUCUUUCUCUCUCCUCUUUCCAUCGUCCAGUUAGGAGCCUUCUACAAUAUCCUCAAAUCCCGCACUCGUCGGGGAUUUUUCUUUUGGUGUUCAACAUUAGACCUCUUUCUUCCUUUCUAUCCUUUUUCUCCUGAAUUUUCAGAUUAUUGCUUAAUUGAGCACAAGGAAAAAAAGUUGCUUUUUUUCCUUGUUCAUUUGAUCAUUUUUUAAACUUAUUUUGUUUGAAAUAUUUUGAAUAAAUAAUUUAUUCUGUGGGUACAUCUUGUUGCUUUGUUCUUUUCUUGUCUUAUCAUUUCAUGUUUAUCUGGUUUCAUCUGUUCAUUUUGAUCCAAUCAUUUUUAUGAAGGCAUUUGGAUAAAUAAGGGUGUGUAUAGUUUUCAAAUUUCCCUCAUUUAGAUUCAUUUUUCUAUCUUUUUAAGGGGCUGUGUUGAAUUUUGUUGUUCCCAGAUCCUAGAUGUAGUCAUUUAGCUGAAAAAUCAUAUCUUUCUACAACAAUCUUCUUAAAUUUUGAAUUGUAAGCAUUUGUUGGACCAAAUUUGAGGUUUUUCUAUUUGGGUAUUUUGAAUUAAAGCUAUUUUCCUCAUGUUUUGAUAAAUUUGAUCAAAUCUCAGCAAUUGGUUCCUCUCCUCAUUAUCUCUUCUUAAAAUCUUGAUCUAUUUACACCUUUGAUCCUAUAGAAAUGUAUGGGACAGAGAGCAGGAAAAAUAUUUCAUGUGAAUAUCAGGCUCAUGUAAUAAAUUACAGGCCAAGUAUUCAUACAAGGAGGGCGAAUUUGACAGUGAAAUUCCAAGAUAUUUAUGGGUUUUCAGUGGAAGGAAAUGUGGAUGAUGUAAAUGUAUUGAAUGAGGUAAGAGAGAAAGUAAGGGAACAAGGAAGGGUAUGGUGGGCAUUAGAAGCUAGCAAAGGUGCAAAUUGGUAUCUUCAUACUCAAGCCUCAUCAACCCUUAAAGCUUCCCUUAAAUUAUCAGCUUUAGCUAAUGCUAUCACAUUAAAGAAGCUAAUUAGGAAGGGAAUUCCUCCUGUUUUAAGGCCUAAGAUUUGGUUUGCUUUAUCUGGUGCUGCUAAGAAAAAAUCCACUGUGCCUGAGAGUUAUUAUGAUGAUCUUAUCAAGGCCACCGAGGGCAAGGCUACAGCUGCUACCAAACAGAUUGAUCAUGACUUGCCUCGAACUUUCCCUGGCCAUCCUUGGUUGGAUACACCAGAGGGUCAUGCAGCUCUCCGACGUGUUCUUGUUGGUUACUCAUUUCGUGAUUGUUAUGUUGGUUACUGUCAGGGUUUAAAUUAUGUUGCUGCAUUAUUAUUACUCGUAAUGAAGACAGAAGAAGAUGCAUUUUGGAUGCUUGCUGUCCUAUUGGAAGAUGUUUUAGUUAAUGACUGUUACACAAAUAACCUCUCAGGAUGCCAUGUUGAACAGAGAGUUUUCCAGGAUUUACUCACCAAGAAGUGUCCUAGGAUAGCUGCUCAUUUGGAAGCAUUGGAGUUUGAUGUCUCCCUUGUUGCCACCGAGUGGUUUUUAUGCCUCUUUUCGAAAAGCCUGCCUUCAGAGACAACAAUGCGGGUGUGGGAUAUCCUUUUCUACGAAGGAGCUACAGUUUUGUUUCAUGUAGCUUUAGCCAUAUUUAAGAUGAAAGAGGAUGAGCUGCUUUUGACGCAUCAAGUUGGUGACGUAAUAAACAUUUUGCAGAAAACGACACACCACAUGUUUGACCCUGAUGAUCUGUUGACGGUGGCGUUCGACAAAAUUGGUUCGAUGACAACCAAUACUAUAUCAAAGCAAAGGAAAAAGCAAGAGCCUGCUGUGAUGAAAGAACUUGAUCAGAGAUUUAGAAGGCUAAACUCCCUACCUGAUGAUGAUAGUUAAACUUGCUCGGUUGUCCUGUUGACUCAAGAUUCUAGUCAUAAAUGGUCAAGCCCAAAAUUGCAAAUGUGACCAGAAACAUUUUUGUGCAUGUUAUAGCGUUCAACAUCAAUGUUGUAGUUUAUAUAAUUUGUAAAUUAAAUUGUAACUUUAACUAAUUACAUCCCUAAAGAGGGCUGUCUAUGAUUUGUGCCCCUUUGGCUUGUCUAUAUGAAGUCAACUUCCUAUAUAAAUCAUAGACUUCCUUGCACAGUUAUAAACAAGGUGCAAAAUGUUUAGAAGA